AUGUCUAAGUGUCUUAAUAAGAGAAAAGCCUUUCCCAGUGGAGUAAAGAAGUCUUCAAUGAAGACUGCCGAACAGGUCAUUAACCGUAUUUUGUGGGACGAAAAAAUACCCCAGGCAGAAAUUACGAUCGGUUAUCUUGACCGCUUCCUUGGGAUUGUCGAGAAGCCUUUUGCUUCCUUUUCCUGGGAACCACUUGACAGUAUUGACUACUACACAUUUGCAGUACCAAAGCAUAGAAUUCAAUAUUUUAAAUACAAGAACCUUAUCAUAUGGGAUAAACGAAAACGUCUUGACAAGGUAUUUGGCUCCAUAGGCUCUGGAAUUACCAUUGAAGAAAUAAUUAGAAACUACGAUGAUUCGUUUUCUUCUGAUAACAAAGCUGAUCCUAAGCAUUAUUCUUCUGUUAGUGAUGAUGAAUCUGACAUAGAUGUAUAUUUGGACGAGACUAAAGUGACUGCAUUCAACGACUCCUGUGAAUCCGAUGAUGACGAUCAAUACUGGCGGAAUAAAUUGCGGCCAAAUUUUUUCAUAUGUCAGCGAAUUUCUGAUGAAAAUAUUAUUAAUAAUGCUAGGGUUGUUCAAGAAGCUGUAGUUUCUCGAGAACCGUUGUACGAUACCUGUUGUCAUCCUCCCAACAUGCUCCAUAUGACAUUCUGCACCCUUCGGCUAGAUGAUGCAGCACAGGUUUCAGAUUGCGUAGAGAUUCUGAAACAGGCAAAAGAAGAAUUAAAUUAUUUAUUGCCUAAGGAUCCUUUGAAGGUCUGUGGUGUCGAUCGUUUCUUUGGGCGUGUUCUUUAUGCUAAAGUUGAACACACAAAUGAACUUACCCUAUUUGUUGAUCAUCUUAGACUUGUCCUUCAUUCACGAGGAUUCCGCAUAGCUGACAAUUUUGAUUUUGUGGCUCACAUUAGCCUGAUUAAAGUCACUCGUCCUGUUUCUAGGAAACUUGGAAAAUGCGACAUAGAUCCGGCAUUAUUCCAAGGAUUCGAAGAUCUCCAUUUUGGAACCCAGACUCUUGAUAACAUCUAUCUUUGUUCAAUGGAAAAAUCUCGAGAUACAGAUGGAUUUUACAUCAGUCCGGCUAACAUGACAUUUAUGAAAUCUCUUAUAAUUAAAGAGGGCACAGACAUCAAAGAUUUUUGA